CGCUGGCGCGGUCGUUGAAAACAAACCCGGGCACAAGCAGACGUUGUUGACAUGACACCAGACUGACAAUUCGUGAUAGUUGAUGCUGGAGCUUCUUUUUUUACUUUUUAGAAAGUGUUCUUUAAAACAAUAUACACUGGACAUGGAGUUAUCGCCCCUUAUAAAGAAAAUAGGCCACUCGCUGGUGGAGAUACGAGUUCGAGCGCUGAAGAGCAUCGUGUGCAAGCUGGACCACUCCCUGAUUUCCGUCUCUGACAUUGUCCAAGAGAAGAUGCUGUUUGUGUACUUGCUGGAGUGGUUCAAUUUCCCCGAGGUGCCCAUGCAGGAGGAGGCGCUGGAGCUGCUCACAACCUUAUCGAAGCAUCCUAGUGCAGCCCAGAUGCUGAGAGACGUCGGGGCCGUGGACUUCCUCACUCAGCUGGCUCCUAACGUUGAGCCCAGGCUGCGAGCUGUCAUCAGCGGAACCCUGGACCAGCUGUUCCAGCUACCCGAUCUACUCCCCAGUAAAACAACAGUCUACUCACACGGACCACAUAGCACAGCUCCAACAGCCCCUACAGUUGUUCCACCUGAAGAUUUUUCUAAAAUGGGCUAUUUCCACAAGAGAAUGCUAGCCAGUAAAGAUAUACCACCUCACAAGAUCCCAGUGCAUGAGACUGUGAGAUGUCUGAAGUUCUCUGUGUUUCCAUGGCUGACUUUGACAAAUACAGACAGACACAUACUUUCAUCCAAUGAGAGUUCCCUAAGGAGCAACAACCCAAACAUGGUGCGGACCACAUGUGAUCUUUUGUGUGAUGUCAUCAUGCAGGACUUUCCUCCCGAGAUCUUCCUGCAGAGGCCAAGUAUUGUAAAGAGCCUUCUGUCCCUGUUGAGGGUGGGUUCUGGGAAAGGUGAGCCGAGAUUCCUCCACUCGCAGGCUCUCUCCUGCCUGCGGCAGCUUUGUGCGGGGCUGAGGAGGAGACUGCGCUUUCAUCAAGAUCCAAGCUUCUACUCUACAAAGCAUGACCCAGUGUCCCAGAACUCCUCCUUCUCCUGCUCCCAGGAGGUUCGUGGGACCCAGCGCUCCCAGGCCUCCUCCCCGGGUGUAGAGUGCUCGCCCCGGCCCUCUGUAGUGGGACGCACGGGCCAAAGAGCCAGGGGUGAUGGCCAAGACGGAGAUGCAGCGUCCAACAGUGGCAGCUCGCACAGAGGUGGAGCUGCACUCCAGGCCCCCGUUCAGACGCCCCAGUCACCUGCAGACUCGGCCCAUGUGGAGCUUCCCGACCUGGGUGUGGAAGAUGUCCUGGAGCUGCAGUUACAGCAGCUCACUUUGGCCCAGUUCACUGUUGCCAUCAUGGAGCAUGCUAUACCUCUUCUCAAGACAGAGGGUUCGCAUGUGUUCCAUCGCGUUCUGGAGCUGCUGUGUGACGCCAUCCCCCUGCUUGGGGACAGCGUUUGCGAGCUGGUCUGGGACGAUCGCAGCCUGGUGGGGAUGGAGCUGAAGGAGAAGCUGCAAGCCUUCAUGGAACUAUUGGGGGAUAUCCUGAGCUACCAUCAGAGCCAUCGAGCAGACACACCUCACAGCUCUCAGAUUCACCACAGAAUGGCCUACAUGGGCACUGCCAUAUUCACCAUUAAACUCCUACAGACCAUCCUCCCCACCGAGAAGGCUGGUGACAAUCUUCCAGAAAGCACUGCAACAGCCAUUUUCCACCUAUGCUUGGACACAUCAUUGGGAAGUUUAUUACCCAGCGUGCAAGAGAAUGCAGUAGCGUACUUGGAGCAGGUGAACUCUGACCACCAUGACCUCUACAGGGGGGUGACCCGCGCCGCCCUCUGGAUGGAGUCCACCUGCAAUUUUCUCAAGGAAGCUGAAGCUGAGGGAGAAAAGAACUGGUUGGAGUUACUGGAGCUGGCAGACCUAGCCAUCGACGGCCUCCCGUUUCACCAGCACUUACCCAUCGUCAAGGAAUGUGUUCACAUCUGCUCUUACCUAUGGAAGUUUGAUCAGCCCAGUCCGCUUCUCCAAACGGAGAGCCAGAAACUGCUCCUUAAGUUGCUGUCUCAUCCCUUACUGCCCGUUAAGACGGAAACCUACACAUGCGCUCUAAACCUGGUCAAGGACAGCGUUGGCAUCCAGAAUGUGUCACGACAGGAACAAGGAUCCUGUGAUGGAGUCAACUUCCUUCUCCACUACAGGGUGCUCUAUGAAAUCAGCGCUUUUGGACUUCAGGACUCUGCAGAAAAAGUGAAUGUCGCUGCCAAGGAUAUCCUGCUAUUCCUGCUCAAGGGACGAUUGAUGAUGACAGCAUCCGCCUGGGACAGAUUCAAUGAGGCACUUUACCCGGUCAUGCCUAUAUUACAGGGUUAUGUCGGCACUGAAGAGUCACUGGGUAACUGUGUCCUGCUGAUAAGUGACACGUCGGACGUGGCAAGAGACGACGUGUUUCCAAGUACAGCCAAGCUCAAAGCAGCGCUCCGACUCCUCUUCACUAAACAGCCUGCUGUGAGAAUAGCAGCAGUGCAACAAGUGACUCCCCACCUAACUAACGCUGAUGAAGUUAAAACAGUCAGACCAGACCUGGAUCAAGCGGUGAUGUCCACACUGCCCAAUCUCUACUGCCUCCGAAAUCCUUUGGACAUCUCACUGGAUACGAACAGCAAGUCUGUCCUCAAGGUGGAGUCAGUGGAGAAGCUGUUUUGUAUCCUGUCCUCAGACACCGUCGACAUCUCUCUGAGAAGAUCGGCUGCGGAACAGCUGUCUGUUGUGCUGCAAGACACAACAAUGCACCCGGUGCUGAAGAGUCUCGGAAUAACAGACACAGUCAUUUCUUUCAUUAUGGAGAGCGUCAAAGGCAACAAGAGCUCGGAUUGCCUGCUGGAGCCUUGUGUAUGUAUCCUGAGGAAGCUGGUGUACGCUGAUCCGUCUCUGAGGCACAGCCUGGCGCAGCGCAACCUCCUGCUCCUCACACUGCUUAGGGCAUCCUUGAUAUUAAAGGAGAACAAAAGCAGUGGAAAUGAGAUCGCUGUCCUCAUGAGUUUACUGCUAUUUGACGAGAUUGCCAGCAUUGAGAUAUGGUCAGACAAACGCAGCGCAGAUGUGACUCUCACACCGUUCUCCCUGCCACUGACAGUAAUUCGCAGAUACAACAUCCCUUUCCAGGCAGCGAGUCAUCACGCUGUCAGCCCGUACCGCUGUGUGCUGCCUCCAUCCUCUGGCCUCCUGACCCUGGCCCCUGCCCGCCAAGCCCUGCAGGUGGCCUGGAACACCGCAUGGCAUUCUGGGAUAGACAACCUCCUCGAGGAGCUGCGCGGCAUCUCCACCGGGGAUCCUGAAUUUCAUCCCGACCUAAAGCUGUCAGAAGCACAGAUCCUGUCGCUGCAGGCUACGCACCUUCCUGCUGCGCUGCAGGACUGCAUCCAGGCCAUCGUCACGGCAGCAGCACACAGUUCUGUGACCUCUGCCCUCUCCAGGCUCAGCCUCUACCUGUUGAUCGACAGACUGAGCCUCCCGCACAUCCCCACCCACAGCUGCAGGGGCACCCUGCACUCCCUCAGUUGGCAGGCGGCAGUGAGCAGGUUUCUCCAGGUUCGCCCGGCCUGUGUCGAGGAUGAGAGGUUGCUGGUGGGCGUUAUUGGAUUUUUGAAUGCCUACUUCAGACAGAUAAACACCGAGUCUGCAUCGGACCCGGACGACAAGGAUCUGCGCUGGAUACUGGAACUGCUUCUCAACCAGGAGACGGUGUCCCUCCUUAGUUUGCUGCUUGAUGUGGAGAAGCAGACCUCAACUGAAAACACAGGGGAACUGGAGCAGCUGAAGAACCACGUCAGCCAGAGGCUGCAGAGAGAACUCACCAGCUUCUUUAAUACCUUACUCCUCCGCCUAACGCACACCACUGACCGGCUGUGUUUGGCACUAGCGGGCCCCUUCAAGAGCCAGCUGGCCGUCUGUUUGCUUCGGAGCCUGCGGGUGUCCGAUGCCCCGUGCUUCUAUGGCCUUCCCAGCCUGGAGAGGACACUGCAGGGCAUGGUCAGUCUCACUGCCCAGCCUGGCUGGAGCUCCCACUGCCCUGACCUGGAGCCCCCCUCCCUCUGCUCAAAGUAUCUCAGUGGGCUGUUAGAGGUGAUCUCCUCUUUUUAUGUUGAGUGGGGAGGCAACUCCAUGUCCUUCAUGGGGAAAGGUGUGACAAAGAACGCUGUCAUAUGCUUGCUCCACCUGUCCCAUGAGAUGUUGGCUGAAAACAAGGACCAGAACUUCAUAUCCCAGUGGUCUUUGGGGGGUGAGGCAGCUGUUGAGGAGCCUAGUAACUGUCAGUUAGGUUUGGCCUGGCUCAUCCCACUAUGGGUGGAUCGAGACCAAGAGGUGAAGUUUGCAAGUUUGGCUCUGGGCGCAGCUCUGUCCUCGGUGCCCAGCGGAUGCAGGGCUCUGUGCGCGAGCUGUCAGAACAUCAGUGGAGGUCUGUGGGGCACAUUGCUCAACAUCCUGCUUGAUCAGCAGGAGAGCAGCAUGGUCCGCAGAGAGGCGGCGUUUAUCCUGCAGAACUUGCUGGUGAUGCCCAUGCCUGCCAACGCAGAGGAGGCCAAGGACUCUGACUGGCAGCACCCGUGUGUCCACGACGAGGUGUCUGGCGUCUCUCUGGUGGGCCUCCCGGCGCUCCAGGCUCUGCUCUACCACUGUCAGUACUUCCAGCAUGUGGCUCUCUCUGCCUCCGCUUGUUACCGAGGCAGGUACACUUUCCACCUCCAACCUGCCAGCAGUGGCGCUACCCAGGAGAGUGAGUCACUGGAUUCAGAGAACUCUCUGUGGUCCUGGAGAUGCGACCCACCAGCACCCUCUGUCAACUCAAGGAGACCUUCCAGCUCCCUCUCUACAUCCAGCACCUUGAUCAGAGGGUCGGGGCCACACACCCCUAAUGCUUUCUCUUCAUUGAGCAUCUCGGAUGAUGCCCCUGCCAGCAGGCUGAUGGCUCAAGGCCAGAGUGACACAGACAACAGCGAGUCAGUUAACUCCCAGGACUCCCGGCAGGGCGAGUCCUCAGCUGUGGAACCCGUCGUCAUGGUAACGCCCGACCUUCUGACGGCCCACUGCGGCCUGCUGACUAAUCUGCUGUCCAUCCUGUCAGAUUUCACCCUCAGCGCCAUUCGACACAACUGGCUCCUGCCAGCCUUGGCCAGUCUGGUGGAUGUCAGGCCCAUCGAGAAAUGUGUGAACGAGCUGAAUUCACCCAACGUACUACCAGGAGAGAGAGAAGACAUCAAGGGCCAGUUUGUCACCCUACUGCAGUUCCUGUCCAGCUUCUCUAAGUUGCUGCAGUCAUGUGUCACAGUGAGUCAGGAACUGAUUCCUGAGCUGGACGUCCUGAAACAGCUGUUGACGACUCUGGUAGCAGUGCUCAUGCUGGACACCAGAGGAUUAGGUCAGAAUCUCUGUAAAAUUGAUGCAGGUACCCAGAACACGGUUUGUCUGUGCUGGGCAGACGUGUUUAUGCUCCUGGCUACUCUGGUGAGGAGGGACAGCUCGGCGGCUUACCCAUCUGUCUCUGCUGCGCUGGGGAAACGCUGGCGGACAUUUGCAGGAACAUUAUCACUGUGUGUGACUGAGAAGUUUGCAGAUCCUCUCCUCCACACUGUGGCACUGCAUUUCCUCUCUGCGAUUUUCACCGAGGAGACGAAGAGUCGAGGUGACGAGGCAGUAACCUCCAAUUCCAUGUGUGCAGCAGCUCUGUCUGACAUCGUGAACGGUCCCCCAGCCAGCCAACUGUGUGAACUGUUACUGCAGAGUUUUGAGAAGAGGAGCCAUCAGGACCCUUUAAAAAAGCUGACAGCUAGAGCUCUGUUGACCCUGCUAGCGUGCAGUCCCACAGCCCAAAACCACGCAGCCAAAGCCGGUUUGAUUGAUAGCUGUGUGGAGCAAAUGAAGCAGACUCAUUCCCAUCUCCACCUGGAGUCGGUCCGACCCAGCAAGGCCUCUCACCGCAAAAAGGAAGAGGGCCGUUUGAAGGGAAUCAAGCUGACUGUGGAGAUCCUGCGGAGUGCUCUUUACCGCAGCGAUGAAUGCAAAGUGGUGGCUUCAGAUGCACGCCUAACACAGGCUCUCUAUGCUCUUUGGCCUUGGUUCCUAUUGGACGACCCCACCAUGGAGGCAGUGCUGGAGCUUCUAUGCGUCUACACGGCCAACUGCACCACAGCAUGCAACGCUCUCUGCGGGAGUGUGCCGCCAGGAUCGAAGGGCACCUCCGGUAGCUCUCUGAUGCACGCUGUCGUGAAGCUGGCCUCGGGGGUCGCCCCCGACAACGGCACAGUCCAGAAGCUCGCCUUCUCUCUCUUGACAAACCUCGCCAUGUCCCGCGACUGCAGAGGCCUUCUGCAAAAGAAUAACUUCCUUCAGGCCUUCAUGUCGGUGCCAAUUCCCAAGGCCGGUGGUGGUGGUUGUGCUGGGAGCUUACUGGGCCAGUGGCUGAAGCUGCUGGUCAGUCUGUCGUUCGCGGAGGAUAUCCAGCAGAGUAUCCUCAGGGUGACUGGAGUCCUGGAACUGCUGGCGGACCUGGCACCUCAGCGGCGACACGCGCUGCUUACGCUCCACAACCUCUGCUUCUGGCCUGCCAACAAGCCACACGUCAUUUCCAGUGACAAAGCCAUGCAGUCGUUGCUAUGCUGUCUGGGAAGCAGAGACGUGGAGACUCGCUGCAUGGGAGCGUCUGCGCUUUGGGCAUUGCUCCACAACAAUCAGAGGGCCAAGACAACUCUGAAGUGUCCCUCCAUACGAUUGAGAAUUGAGGAGGCGCAUGCCGUCUCCAGGAAAGGUUUGCAUAUGCAGAGAACAGGCAGGAGCCGACGAGUGCCUACCUGUUGAAGUGCCUUAAAAACCUCACCCAGCUGCUUAAUAACUGAUUAUAUUUAUAAUUUUUUGUAUCAUGCUAUAAACUUGUAGAAUAUGAAUUUGUUUGUUUUUAUAUUAAAGUGCCAAGUGGCAGAGUUUA